GAUUGACAUUACUCAUUAGGAUUUGGUGGUGAGAUACCUCGUGGCAUGUGCUUUGCGCAUGCGUACUGAUGAACCAGCCAUUAUUUUCAUUUUUGCUGAAACAUUUCAAAAUUCUGUGAUUUAUGACGCAUAUUUGGACUUUGCGUGUACAAUAUGUAUUCUAACAAUGAACAAGGAGGUUCACAAGUACCGGCCUUCCUCACAAAGCUCUGGAAGCUGGUGGAAGAUCCUUCAACGAACGACCUGAUAUGUUGGGAUUCGAGUGGACUGAGCUUCCAUGUGUACGACCAGCUGAGGUUUGCUAGAGAAGUGCUCCCUCUAUAUUUCAAACAUGGAAACAUUGCCAGCUUUAUCCGUCAGCUAAACAUGUAUGGAUUCCGCAAGGCCCUAAAUGUUGAUGUUGGCGUGAAAGUGGAGAGUGAUAAUCUGGAGUUCUACCACCAAUACUUUCAGAGAGACCAGGAACACCUGCUGGAAAACAUCAAACGAAAGGUGACCCAAGGUAGAGGUGAAGAGAUGAAGGUCAAACAAGAGGAUGUCUCAAAGGUCUUGCAGGAAGUCAGACACAUGAAGGGGAAACAGGAUACCAUAACAAACAAGAUGGAUGGUUUAAAGAGGGAGAAUACACAGUUGUGGCGUGAAGUGGCAAAUCUCCGACAGAAGCAUGUUAAACAACAACAAAUUGUUAAUAAGUUGAUACAAUUCCUGGUAACAAUGGUAUCUGCCCAGCCCCAGCCUCGCAACACAUUAAAGCGACGUAUGCCCCUUAUGCUGGAGGAUGCGCCCUCUAUACCUAAGUCUGCUAAGCUGUCCAAACAAGAAGACCAGAAUCUUGCUGAGUUGGACUACAGUGACCUGCUUGAUACUUCAGCUACGGGUCCUGUCAUAAAAGACGUGACAGAUCAGUCUGUACAAGAUAGAAUAGAUGUCGCCUCUCAUCACCCAAAGUCAAUCUCUAGAAGAAAAGGAUCAAACUUAGAACCCCUUGUGAUGUCAUUGUCAAACAGUGUUGAAUCAAACAACCUGGACAUCUCAAACAACCCAGACAACCCAGACAACGAGCCUACAACUGUAGUGAGCCUUGAGGAUCUGAAUGACCUGAUAAAUGCUGGUGCUGGCCCAACAACUUCAAAUGCUGUCAGCCAAUUAGAUGCUAACACAGACCUAUCUCUUGAUAAGUAUGUGCAAGUCCUAUAUGACUUGAAUACAAAGAACGCAGACAACAAAUACGGAAUUGAUUACACAGAUGACCUGAAUUACAUGGACAGUGACUUGGAUAUGGUGAGAGACAUCUUAUCUGGUAAUGGGGGAGGAACUUUACAAUUAGACCCAUCUACACUAUCUGGGUUAUUCACUCCUGAAGCACCAUGCCCCCCGACUCCUGACCAUGUGCGACUUCUCCCUCCAUUUCAAGAAAACAAAGCAGAGUACCUUACCAGUCUGGUAGAUAAUAGCUCAACUGAGCCCAACCCAGCCGGCAACAAUAUUGUAGGAAAUGAAAUAAUAGAAUACACAGGAGGUACAGACACAGGAGGCAAUGCUUUCCCAGACUUUAUUGACCUGGCAGAGGACCUUGAUGAUGAGAAACCACCAGAGCCAGAGGAAUACUUGAAUCCUAUUGGUCACAUAGCGUUUGGCUCAGAUUCUCUUGACACGCCCUUGUCUGAAACCCUGACUAAUCCCUUGGUGACGGAGCGGAGUGGUGUACAAAUUGCCAGUAGAGGUCCUUCUACUGAUGACUUGGAUUGAGAUAAGUGGACAAGAAGAUAGGAUCGAUAUAUUGGAAUAGUAAUGCUUACAAGAAGAUCUCCUGAUCUGCCAAGUCUGUAUGUGUUUGGAUUGUAUACAACAUUUUCAAAACUUGUGUCUGGUUGUUGACAGCACAAUAUGAAAUACAACACUAUGAUGAUAUGUUGUAAAAUAUGACAUUGCCCUAGAUUGUGCAUGGAAUACAAUUUCAACUACAACAUUACAUGGAUUACAACAGUACAUAGAUAUAACUAUCAAAUACAACAUUUGCCAAAAUUGUGUAUAUUUCAUAACCAAAUGUUAAGAACAGUGAAUAUUGAUGGAGACUGCUUAUACAAAGAGAAUAUAUAUUGCAUUAAAUGUAAUAUAGAAGUCCUAGGCCUCCGUUGAAAUAAACUGAAAAUAUGGAGUUACAAAAUCUAUAUUGUAGAGAGAUGCCAAAAAAUCAGGCAGGUCAUUGGAUUCAAGACAAGUUAUCAACUUUUUCACUAGUGUGGGACAUAGGUGUGGAAAACCAACUAUCAGGAGGAAGAAACUUGUAAUUUAUUUACUGUGUAAAUACACGUCUGAGAAAAAAUGUCAAAAACAGUUGAAUUUUCUUCGCAGAUACUUUAUUGACUGCCACAAUGAUUCUAUAGGGCUGUAGACCAGUCCACAUUUCAGUGUACAAGUCUCACAUAGCAAUUACUGUAAAUAUUCAAGCUUUAAAGUAGUUAACAGAACAUGUCACAUUUGCACAAUAUGGUAUACAGGGUGGGCCAUAGAAAUGGAACCAUUGCAUCAUUUAUGAAUUCUGAAUUUUUCCAUACUAUACCAAAAGAUGGGGGAAUCUGAUUGGCUCAAAUAAGAUGUAUUCAUAUGUCACAUCUUUCAUGCUGUAGAAGCUACAUUAAUUACUAUACAGGGUGGGAUGUCAAAAUUCACGAAAAACACAUUUUGCUCAUUUACAAUAAAGAAAUCUUUGGAAGAAGUUAUUCAUUAUGUCUCUUGUCUCUUACUCUCAAACUGUUAAAACUAAUAAUAAACGUUAUUAAAAUGGGAGACAGUGAAUGUUCAUCAAUCUGACAGUAUCCAUGGUCAAUUAAAAGUUCAUCUAUCUCAGACAGAUUUUUAAAUAAACACUUUGUCUAACAUCCGUAAGACUUACUCAUUUCUGGCAGGACAGACACAGUUUCAUAGUUUUAUCUAAAAAUAUGUCUGUUAUAAGACAAACUUUUGAUUUAAUAUUUUUAAAGGCAGAAUCAGAUCUA